AUGGCAGAGGACAUUUCACCAUUGGCAACUUGCGGACAACUACUAGCAGUAACGCCCGCAAAAGCUCGCACUUCCUGUGCUGCUUUAACCCAUAUCUAUCUCUCGACCCAAACCUCUAUCGCAAGCGCCUCUUUGCGCCAGCCGUCCCCGUCGAUGUGGAUCUUCCGAAUCUUCUCGUCGGCCGUCUUCCUCACGUCCAUCGUGCUCUCGAUUCCUCUUGCCUUCGAUGUUGGUGGCAGGACCUGUGGCCUAGGUUUCUCCCUGUGCCUUGCUGCCUUCUAUUUCUUCUUCUCCCUGCUCAGACUCACCACCCCGGAUCGCUCGUGGACCCGAAACUCCGUGAUCCUCAUUCUCAGGUCUACACAAUGGCUUAUUGUUCCGGCUUUACUCAUUUGGUCGUUGAACCGCUUCUCCGUCGAUGCGAACGAUAGUGAUGGUAGCUCCACCGGCGGUAUCCGGGUUGGAUGGGUUGAGCGCACGUUUGGCGGGAAGAGGGCGCAAGAUACUUCGAUUGUUCGAUGGUUGUUUGGGGCAAACGGCCUUGUAGAGAAUGCUACUGUGGGCGGGUGGGAUACGCUGUUGAGCUGGUCAACUCCUUUUUUCCAACUGGCGGAGGGGUUUUGCAGUUUGCUUGUCAUCCAGGCCGCUGGACAGAUCACGAGGUGGUUGGUCAAUCGAGGCGGGAGAAGCGAUAGUUGGAUGAUUGGCCUUCUAGUCCUGUCCGCAUCCAUAAUUUCAAGUUCCGUUUACUUCCUCUGGCGCGUCUUACAGUUCCCCGAAAUCAGCAACGUCGAUUCAGCCCUAAUCGGCGUCUCCAUUACCUGUGCUGUGUUCCUUUGCGCCUGGGGUAUUGGCAGUGGACGAGGAAACCCGGUGGAGAGCUCACUGCUCUUCGCCUACGUCGUCUUGUGUAUCUACCAGAUCUUCACGGACUAUAAGUCCUCAUCCUCCACGUCCGCCACCGAACCUCUCUCCGUAUCCGCCUCCCAAACAGCCGAAUUCCCUCCUCUACCUCCUAUCAUCAUGGCUUCCUAUACCACUCUCAUGCACGCUCUCUCCACACUUCCUUCCAUCAUCCAUGCAGCCUUCAACGUCGUAAGCGCGGCCUUCAGUGCCGUAACACCGUCGGUCCUGAUUUCCCUCACCUAUCGACUAUUCGUCUUCUACGCAUCCACAAGAAUCAUCCCAGCUGUUCGCGAGGCCGGAGCCCGCGCCCUUUCCCAGGAGGCCUCCCUGGAGGAUUCGGAUGUUGCUGGCCAAUUCCUAGGCCUUCUGAGUUGGUUUUCCCCUUCCAUCCUCAUUGCCGUGUAUACAAGUCUGUUGAUGCAGCACUUUGCAUCCACCUCCCAAGCAAUGGGGGGAAAUGGGAAUGGUGAAUGGUGGAGCAAUCACGGCGAUGGGGCCGGGAAUUUCUGGAGAUGGAUCAAUCUUGGUUGCACCAUGGCAUUGUACGCGGUCGAGCUAUGGAUAGGGAAACAUGAUGAUAUUGACUCUGGACUUGCGGGACACUGGAAAACGGAUUGA